AUGUCAUUUGUUCAUGCAAAGUGCUCAGUGGAUGAGCGUAAAGAGUUAUGGACAUCAUUAUUACAUGAUAAGCCUACUUUACUUCCUUGGUGUAUUGGAGGUGAUUUCAACGUUAUAUUAGCAGCACAUGAAAAGCGAGGGGGGCGUCCAUUUGCUAUAGCGGAAGGAGUGGAUUUUAUGAAUUUUAUGGAGGAAGCUGAGGUCUUUGAUGUCGGUUUUUCAGGAUCUAAAUUCACAUGGUCUAAUAAUCGACGGAGUAGAGCUCGGAUUUCAAAAAGGUUGGACAGAUUUUUAGUCAAUGGAUCUUGUUUGGAUUUUUCUAAUGACAUUUCAGUACUUCACUUGGCAAGACACCCCUCCGAUCAUGCACCAUUGAAGGUUUCUUUUGUAACUCGGUCAGAUAACAAACCUCGGCCGUUCCGAUUUCUGAAUGUUUGGACUUCCAAACCAGAUCUCUUGGAAGUGAUUCGCCAUGUUUGGAAACAAGAUGUGGGUGGGCCUCCGCUACGCGUAUUGUGUUCUAAAUUAUUGGCAACAAGGAGAGCUAUUCAAUCAUGGAACAAGCAACAUUUUGGGAAUAUUUUUGAUGCUGUCCGUUCUUCAGAAAUGGCGGUUCAACGAGCUGAGGAGUUGCUAGACCACGAUUAUUUCGAAGAGUGUCAAAUUGAGCUUAAUAAGGCACAAGCAGAAUUGCGGUAUUCAAUGUCAAUUGAAGAACAGUAUUGGAGACAGAAGGCCAGGGUCAAAUGGCUUCGUCAUGGAGAUAGGAAUACAAGAUAUUUUCAUGCGGUAGUAAGGCAGAGAAGAGCUCAAGGAAUGAUACACCGCAUCAAAAAGUCCAAUGGUGCGUGGGUGGAAAAGGACGAUGAUAUAGCAAGUGAGGCAUCGGCAUAUUUCAAUGAUCUUUUCACGGGCUCUUUGGAAUCAUCUACUGAUAUGCUACAUUUAAUUCCGCACUUGGUUACGGAAGAGGAUAAUGGAAAACUGGAAACAUUACCUUCAAUUGAGGAGGUAUAUGGAGUCAUAAAGUUAAUGGAUGGAGAAAGUGCAGCUGGCCCAGACGGUUUUACAGGCAAAUUUUUUACAUUUGCUUGGAAAGUGAUCGCUCAAGAUGUUUACAAUGCGGUACUGAGCUUCUUCUGUGGGGCGGAGCUACCACGAUUCAUCACUUCUACUUCAAUUAUACUAAUUCCAAAGACGCCAAAUCCUCAGGAAUUCUCUCAAUUCAGGCCUAUCAGUCUAUGCAAUUUUUUCAAUAAAGUGUUAUCUCGGAUUUUGACAGACAGGAUGGCUUGUUUACUGCCAAAAAUCAUUUCCCCACAUCAGACAGGUUUUGUGAAGGGCCGCAAUAUAACUGAAAAUUUUCUACUAGCUCAAGAGAUGGUAUCAAGCAUGGGGAAAAAGAAUAGAGGUGGAAAUGUUUUAAUGAAACUAGACAUGUCCAAGGCAUAUGACCGGAUGUCAUGGGGUCAUAUUAUUAAUAUUCUAAGGAGGUUUGGAUUCGGGGAAAUAUUUAUUGACCUUAUAUGGCGGUUACUCUCUAAUGUCUGGUUUUCAAUCAUUAUAAAUGGUUCCUCCUACGGUUUCUUCAAGUCUUCGAGAGGUCUUCGUCAGGGAGACCCAUUAUCUCCUGCAUUAUUCAUUAUAGGAUCUGAGGUUUUAUCUAGAGGACUGAAUAACCUCACCAUGCAAUCGAGGUUCCUGGGUUUCAAAGUUCCAUAUUGGUGUCCGGCUAUUACUCACUUGGCAUUUGCGGAUGAUGUUCUUAUAUUCGCAAAUGGAUCAUCUUCUUCUCUGAAGGCAAUCAUGCAGGUGUUACAGGCAUAUCAAAGGUGUUCGGGGCAGCUCAUAAAUGUGCAAAAAACCUGUUAUUUGGUCCACCCAUCGACGCCACCGGCGAGACGAAGGGUGAUUGAACGUAUCACUAGGUUUGCCUGGCAGUCAUUUCCGAUACGUUAUUUGGGAUUCCCUCUUUAUUCUGGAAGAUGCAAAUCUUCAUAUUUUGGAGAAGUGUGUCAGUCUAUUCUAGGGAGGAUUUUGUCAUGGAAAUCAAGGCUGCUUUCCUUUGGAGGCAAAAUAGUUCUAAUCAAGCACGUGUUGGCUUCUAUGCCAAUGCAUCUAAUGUCAGCUGCUGUGAUCCCGGCCAAGGUGUUCAAAAUUAUAGAAAGUUCGUGCUCGAACUUCUUGUGGAGAUCAUCAACCGACGACUCGAAAUUCCACUGGAUACGAUGGUCUCACUUGUGUUACCCGGUUGAGGAAGGGGGAGUCGGGUUCCGGAGACUACGAGACGUAUAUCAAGCUUUUUCAUGCAAGCUUUGGUGGAAUUUCCGAACAGGAUCAUCCCUGUGGGCAUCGUUCAUGAAAGCAAAAUAUUGCGGAAGCCUUCAUCCUUGUCAGAUCGAACUCAGAACAACGGACUCGGCAAUCUGGAGAAGGAUGAUCAACGUAAGUAGACAAGUGGAGCUCUCAAUGUUAUGGGAUGGAGCUUGUCAUUUUUGGUAUAACAACUGGUUGGGAAGUGGUGCGUUAUUUCUACAUGCAAAAGUUAUCCCAAAUUUGUCAUUCCAAAAUUUUAUCACCAAUGGUCACUGGAAUAUAAAUCUCUUACAUUCGACGAUGCCAAGCGAGAAACUUAUUUCCAUUUUGGCACACCCGGUACCAGAGGAAGGGAGUGAAGUUGAAGUCUUUUGGAUGCCCACGUCAUCUGGUAAGUUCUCUCUCCAAUCGGCUUUUGGGGACGUCAGGCAGACCCGACACAAGUCAAUGGCUUUUACUUACAUUUGGCAUCCUCAGAUUCCUUGGAAAGUCUCAUUCUUCAUGUUAAGAUUGUUUCUGAGAAGACUACCAUUACCAGAUAGGUUAGGUAAGCUUGGCUUCCAACUUCCCUCAAAGUGUUUUUGCUGCUCCUCGGCAUCUGUGGAGUCUAUUGAGCACCUAUUUGCCAACGGACAUAUUGCCUCGGUAGUUUGGAACUAUUUUGGAGGCCUAUGUGGAUUCAGGUGUCCAGGAUCUUUUUUGCGUCCUCGCAUCGUAGGAUGGUGGCUACGUUUACAUGACUCUGAGACACGACGACUUAUCGACCGCAUUCUACCUAGUGUACUUUGCUGGCAGAUUUGGAAAGCAAGAAAUAAAGCAAUGUUUGAGGGUGUGCAGAUGCAAUCGUCUGCUAUUUGUAAGAACAUUUUCUCAGAAAUACAGUCUAUCGUGGGGAUUCAUUUCAAACAAGAACUUCAAUUGCAGUCUUUUCAUCAUUUGUAUGAUCGAUCGCAUGUAUCUGUCGGUAGAAUUGCAUAUAAAUUGGUUUGCUGGGAAAUAAAGGAGACAGGGAGGUUGAUACUCAACACGGAUGGAUGCUCUAAAGGUAAUCCAGGAGUGGGUGGAGGUGGUGGAGUUCUCCGAGAUUCAUUUGGCGUACCAGUGAUUGCUUUCUCGGCUUAUCUUGGACAAACUACAUCUCUCCGUGCAGAGACUUGGGCCCUCCUUAUUGGUCUUCAAACAUGUAAAAAUAGGGGCUUCGAAAAUAUAAGGGUUCAAUCAGAUUCAUUGCUUUUAGUUGAGAUCAUUCAGCAGCGUAUUCAAUGUCCAUGGGAGAUUCGAAGGGAAAUCAGACAGAUUUUGAAGCUCUUGGAAGAUCCUGCUCAUUUAUCACACUGUUAUCGAGAGGCUAACACAGUUGCUGACGCUUUAUCCAAUGUCGAAACAUCUCAUCCCCACCAAUAA